AUGAAGUCCACGCUUGCCAUCGCCAGCUUAGCCUUCGGCAUGCGCGUCAUCGCGCAUCCUGGGCACGGCCACGACGUCCCCGGCUACGCCGCCGAAGUCUACGAUAGCCCGCCCGGCCUAGCAGUGGCUGCCGAGUUUGUAUCUACCGAAGAUUCCAUGAUUAGCGGACGAGUCAUUGCAGCGGCAGACCCCAUUGGAAGCGGAACCGUCUACCACUUUACAAUCUUUGAAUGCCCGUAG